GUGACGGUUCACGGUUCCGCACAGUGUGUGUCGGAGUGUAGUCGGAUGCAAAGUGUCGGCGCAAGUGUGCCGUCGUCGUCGUCGUCGUUGUCGUCGUCAAAGCGGUGAGACUAGCGGUUAAAGCAACCCCCGAGCACACAUCCGGAAGCGCGAGCGGUGUGGUGCGGUGGAGAAGAAGCAAAAAAAAAAGCGUGCUGAGGUAAUCUCUUAACGAGGGCGAGGAGAAGCAGAUCAAAGUGUGCGGUGGCGGUGGUGGAGCGGCUUCAAGAUGACACUGAACGAUGAGAAUGGGGCCAGCAGCAAUAAUGUUGUCGUCACGGCAGCAAGUGGAACGGGACUGUCAGCGGCGGGAACCGGAUCAGAUCGACCAGCGCCAGCAGGUACGCAGCCGGUUGGGUUGGGUGGUGGUGGUGCAACCACCGGGCAAGCGACCGGCCCAAACGGGGGCAUCGGGGCACCCAUCAACAGUAGCGCGAACAAUAACAACAACAAUAACAACAACAGCAGUAUCAUCAACUCCGGCAACGGCGGUACGGCAGCGGCAAACGGUAGCAAUACGAUUGGCAAUACGAUUAAUAAUAACAACCUAAAUUCUAAUAUCACCUCAGCGGCUGCGACGGCAACGGCACUAAGCAACAGCACCAAUAACAACAACAACAACAACAACAUCAACAAUAGUAUUAGCAACGGCAACGGACAGAAUGGCAAGCAGCAGCAGCAGCAGCAGCAGUCACAGGGUCCACCAACGGGCGGCAGCCUGGAGAAGCGGCCGAGCAGUAGCAGUGCGACGAGCGGCACCGGCAGCGGUCGCUACAUCAUACCGAAGUUUUACGAGAUCGAAACGCUGCCCCCGCUGAAGGACGCCGAUCCGGCCGAGCGGGAGGAGCUGUUCAUCCAGAAGCUGCGCCAGUGCUGCGUCCUGUUCGACUUCUCCGAACCGCUGAACGAUCUGAAGUACAAGGAGAUCAAGCGGUGCGCGCUGCAGGAAAUCGUCGAGCAUCUGAACAACCAGAGCAACGUGAUUACCGAGCCGAUCUACCCGGAAGCGUUCAACAUGGUGGCGACCAACCUGUUCCGCACGCUGCCCCCGUCCUCCAACCCGAACGGGGCCGAGUUCGAUCCGGAGGAGGACGAGCCGACGCUCGAGGUGUCCUGGCCGCAUCUGCAGUUCGUGUACGAGCUGUUUCUGCGGUUUCUCGAGUCGCCCGACUUCCAGCCGAACGUGGCGAAGCGGUACAUCGACCACAGCUUCAUCCUGAACCUGCUCGAGCUGUUCGAUUCGGAGGAUCCGCGCGAGCGCGACUUCCUCAAGACGGUGCUGCACCGGGUGUACGGCAAGUUUCUCGGGCUGCGCGCCUUCAUCCGCAAGCAGAUCAACAACAUCUUCUACAAGUUCAUCUACGAGACGGAGCACCACAACGGCAUUGCCGAGCUGCUCGAGAUACUGGGCAGCAUCAUCAACGGGUUCGCGCUCCCCCUGAAGGAGGAGCACAAGCAGUUCCUGCUCAAGGUGCUGCUGCCGCUGCACAAGGUCAAGAGCCUGUCCGUGUACCAUCCGCAGCUGGCGUACUGUGUGGUGCAGUUUCUCGAGAAGGACGCCAGCCUGACGCAGCCCGUCAUCAAGUGUUUGCUCAAGUUUUGGCCGAAAACGCACAGCCCGAAGGAGGUGAUGUUUCUGAACGAGCUCGAGGAGAUACUGGACGUGAUCGAGCCGGCCGAAUUCCAGAAGGUGAUGGAACCCCUGUUCCGCCAGAUCGCCAAGUGCGUGUCGAGCCCGCACUUUCAGGUGGCCGAGCGGGCCCUGUACUACUGGAACAAUGACUACAUCAUGUCGCUGAUAUCGGAAAACUCGAAGGUGAUCAUGCCGAUCAUGUUCCCCGCCCUGUACAGCAACAGCAAGUCGCACUGGAACAAAACGAUCCACGGGCUGAUCUACAACGCGAUCAAGCUGUUCAUGGAGAUGAACCAGCUGCUGUUCGACGAGUGCCACCGGAAGUACCAGGCGGAGCAGGAGACGGAGCAGGAGAAGCUGGCCCAGCGGGACGCCCUGUGGCAGCAGAUGGAGGAUCUGGCCGCGCGGAACAGUAAGUUGACGCUGAACGACGACGAGUCGCAGCAGUCGGGCAGUGGGCGACAUUCGAGCAGCUUUAGCCACCCGCAGCAGCAGCAGCAGCAGCAGCACCGACAGAUGAACGGAACGUCGGGUGGUGGUGGUGGUGGAGUGUACGAUCGGCGAUCGAUACAGCACAGUAGCACCUAAACGGGGGAAGGAGCGUCUAAGUCACCAAGUGGCCCCGCUCUCACACAGACACACACACACACACAAACAGAUAGACGGUCGGACACUAUUACACUAAACAGAGCAUCCUAGACUUCCAUUUCCUGCGCUUCUACACACACACACACACACACACACACACACAAAACACAGGGUGAUAUGGUGACCCCCCCCCUCCCCUUUGCCUCUUCCACCACACAGUUUCUACCCCCUCCCCCCGUGGCACGUUAUGUUUUAGAUUGUUUUACUAUUCCAAUCCUUUUCAGGAAAUUGUGUUGGAAAAUUGCCUACAAAUGGUGCGCUUCACGUACUUUACGUUCUUAAAACGAUGCGAAGCGAAGAGGGUCGAACAAUGAUUUAAACAAUGGCCGAAGUAUUCGAGUAUUGCUGUGUUAGGAGGAACAAAAAGGAGCCCCCGAGUCGGAAUGGAAUGAUUUUUUGUGUAUUUUUUACGAAUUAAAUUUAUCGAACAGAAAAAAAAGAAAUUCCUUCCUUGUCCCGUUCUCUCAGCAGAUAAUACAUAUGUGUGAGUGCGUGAAUCAUGAUCGUGAAAUUGUACAUACUCUGUGUGGUGUGAAAUAGCAAGAAACGGGAAUAAUCUUAGGCUGAAACGAAUAAGGCGAUCGGAACGGAACAUAUUGAGCGUUUUUUGGCAAACAAAACACACUUAGUGUUAGAGAGAGAGAGAGAGGGAGAAAUAUUGUGAAUUAACUAGUGAUUGGUGCUGGCCCCGAACUUCUUUCCAGUCAUUUCCCCCUUUUUUAGUUUCUGAAAAGAACUCACAACGUGAAUUUACACCGAUAUCGGAAGCGAAUUUUCCUUUACCCUUGUCUCUACUAUUGCAUUGUUUUUUCCCUUCCCGGUUGCAAUAAUUUCAACACAAAUGGGCUGAAGCAGGGUGUAGAAGUAUAAAAAAGCGGAAGGAAUCGUACGCACGCACGCACACCUACACACAUUCUCAAAGGAUGUUGAUAGCACUAGAAAGUAAGGAAGGUUUGCCCACUUGCGCUGCGUAUUUAGUAGAUCGUGGUUAGAGUUUUAGAUACACACACACACACAAACAUAUCUUUUUUCGUCUUUGUUAGGAUCAAUUUGUUAUUUAGUUAUUUCGAUAUAUAAGUACAUCUCCGUUGUCCAGAGUACACACUAGCCGCGCCUUUCUUUUUUCUCGUACACACACACAUACACACACUAGCAUAUUCUUUUCGCACCAAAACCAAAUACAAAAUGUGCACUAAAAGCAAGCAAUUUCGUUUGAUAUUAUUAGAACGGUCGACAGGUUUGAACGAGACACAGAGAGAGAGAGAGAGAGAGAGAGAGAGAGAGAGAGAGAGAGAGAGAGAGAGAGAGAGAGAGAGAGAGAGACGAGAUUUAUAAUGGUAUUAUAUUUGGUGGCGUGCGGCGGCCUUUUAUCACAACAACCCAACCAAGCAAAGAUUACAUAUUAAGGAUGCGCCACAUACACACAUACACACACACACACACACAUACAUGAGAUUGCUAGGAACCCGAAAAGAAGGAUCAGGAGAGGAGGAAGUAUUAGAGAGGAAGGCGUUAGAUCUAGCGUAGAAGAAAGGCAGCUUCAUUUGCAUGCGCAAAUACAACACGCGGCACAAAGAAUCGGUGGUGGCUGGGAACAAGCGGUCCAUCUAACCCCCCACCUCACCCCACAUUUGGUGAUCAAUAAUAGAUUCCAGUAAAAGAAAAACACGUGUCCUCCCAUUCUCCCCCUUUCCCCAUUGGGGGUUGGCAGAGUGUCAGCGCAGUGAUAUCAUGCUGCGUCGUCUGUGUGUGUGUGUGUGGCUGUGCAUCAGUAGUGACCGCGGACGGUGUAUUUAUUUUAUCGAACAACUCUCUCGGAUGUGCAUAAAUAUGUAUAUUUUUUGUGUAGGUUUAUUUUUAUCCUUCCGUUUCCCUCUCUCUCUCUCUCACACACACACACUCUUUGAACUCCUUCCCUUUUUUUUCAUUUCACACGACAAUUUCCUUGUUGUGGUCGUCGUCGUCGUCGUCGUUGUCGUCGUUGCCGUUGUGUGUCUUCCUCGCAUCGCUUUUGUCUCGUCUACCUUUUUGGGCUGAUGCCAACCAAUAAGCGCUGCUAUCGUGUGAGGACAAACCCUUCCCUCCUGAACCUCCCACCUCUCCCCUUUGCAGCAGGGGGGCUAGAGGUGGGAUGGUGGGUGGUGGUUACUUAUGAGAGUAGACAGUAAGUGGUAACAAUAAUAGUAAUAAUAAUAAUAAUUGCGCAAAGCAAGGAGGCAAAAGGGGUAAGGGGGCAGGGGGGUUGGUGGGUCGGUGGCGCACACUGAAAGCGAAUACAUACACCCUACACACCAACACUAAUAGAUGAGGAUAGAUCCAUAAGCGAGAUACACACAGAAAAACACACACUCACACAAAAGUACACAAAUUCCAGUAGAUACGUAAGAGUUAGAAGGGAGAGGGGGAGAGGUUUCCUUAUUAUUCAUACAAACACACCUACAGCUACACACACACACACACAUAGUUAGGAGGGGGUUUACCUGAAUGAUAAAGCCCCUGCAAGCGGAAGAACUGCAAGAGACGAUGCAUACGAUCAUAGGCAAAAGUGCAUCGGAGAUGCUUGGAGGGGGAAGGGAGAGGGGAUGGAAUUUUAUGUCCCUAAUUGAAGAGGAAAGCAAGCAAAGCAUAAUAAUAAAGCAGGGCUAUAGUAGUAGUAAUAUGUAUGUGUCGGAAGUAAGAAACAAAAAUCAAAGUUGUGCAAAGGCAAAUAAAAAUGCAAAACAAAGGUUAA